CACCUCAACUUUUGCCCAGUGGGAUAAGGACUUAUUUGCGUGUAGAAGAAUGACGCCGACGGCCGCGACGACGUCGUUCCAAUGCGCCGUUAUGUUCCCUCCCAAGCAAUCUCUUUCUUUGCCAACUCUCUCUCCAUUUCCGACAACAGCCCACAAACCUCUCUCCCUAUUCACUCGAACCCUUCAACUCUCUGCAACCCAUCUCACUCUCAAAGCUUUGAUUUCUAUCUCCAAAUCAGAAUCCAAGAAGAAUGUGAAAUGUGGGUGCGCAGUCUCUUCCGAGCUCAGCAAAGAUGGUGGUUUCAUUGUCGUUAAUUUCUACCGCUUUGUCUUCAUCCAAGACCCUGAAUUGGAGGUCUCCAAACACCUCUCCUUCUUGCAGGGCUUUGACAUACAUGGCCGAGUAUAUAUAAAUGAGCAAGGCAUUAAUGCACAGUACAGUGGGCCAUCAAAGGAUGCUCUUGCAUAUGUUGAAUGGUUAAGAGAAGACCACAGAUUUUCUGAUAUACUGGUUCAGAUUUCUCCAGCUUCAAAUGGACAUGCCUUUCCAAAAUUGAAGCUGCGGUAUAAGCCCUCAUUAGUACAGUUAGAGGGAGGUAUUUCACAUCUUCCUUUGCUUGAUCCUUUGAUGCGGGCAACAGCUUUGGCACCGUCAGAAUGGAGGAAAAGAUUGGAAGCAGUAAAUAAAAUUGAUGAUGCAUCAAAUGAGAAUUCAAAUGCAAACUGUAUUCUAUUGGAUGUGAGAAACGGUUAUGAGUGGGAUGUUGGUCAUUUUCGUGGUGCUCAACGACCUGAUGUGGACUGCUUUAGGAGCACUUCAUUUGGGCAAUCCCAAUCAGAGGUUAUUGUUUCAGAUCCUUUAGCAAAUGUUGACAAAGAAAAAACAGAUAUAUUGAUGUAUUGUACUGGAGGUAUCCGUUGUGAUGUGUAUUCUGCAAUUCUAAGACAAAGGGGAUUCCAGAACUUGUACACUUUGAAGGGUGGCGUUUCUCAUUAUCUUGAGAAGGAAGGUCCUAUGGAAUGGAUUGGGAAUUUGUUUGUAUUUGAUUCCCGUCUCUCUCUCCCGCCUUCUACCUACAAGACUGAGGCAGUGAGUGAGACAAGCGGGGCUCACCAAGUAUCUGAGGGUAGUACAUUUGCUAGAUGCUACAUAUGCAACUCACAACUCCAUGAGUUAAGGCAUCGAAAUUGUGCCAAUCUUGACUGCAAUCUCCUUUUUCUAUGUUGUACACAGUGCUUAAAGGAUUUAAGAGGAUGCUGCUGUUUGGACUGCACAUCAGCACCUCGGCUUAGACCUGUUCUUCCUGGACACCAAAGGUACAAAAAAUGGUAUAUUUAUAGAGACAUGGAGCUUCAGACCAACUCAACGGCUUAGUCAGAACUGAAAACCAAACGCAAAUAGGAGAUUGGGAAUGAAUAUUUACUUGAGUUUAUGGUCUCAUAGAGAGUGAUUCUUGAAGGGUGAGAAGCAUUGUUUGGAAGUAGCUUUCUUAUAGCAUUUAGGCUUUUGGCAAGCUUCUUAAAACCACUUUCAAAAAAUCUAGAUAAUCACCUAAAGUGAUUUUUCCUGUUCGAGUGAUUCUAGUUAAAAUAUGUUUAUCCUUUGGGCUUUUAUUAUUA